CCUGAGAAGCUGCAGGCAGCUGCGGCGGCGGCAGCGACAGCAAAGGAAAAAAUCUCCAGUUGGACACGGGGCACAAGAAAUCCGGACAUUGACUCAGAACUUUUACGGGUUGCGCUUGGACGAGCACCCCCCUUCGCCCCCAAGUCCUCACGCAGUACGGGGCUUUGCCUUUCCCGCUGCAGGAAGGGGGAAUAGGAGUUGCAAGCAGCAGCAGGUGCAGAAAGGCGGGGGUCUCCUGCUUCCUGGAACCGCGACCCGUGGAAUUUCUUCCCCUUUUCCAACCCGACGCAAGAGAGACGCUGUCUCCAGAUUUCUGAACUCAAAUGCUUCCUGAAGCUUGAAAGUGGAGGAGGAAUUCAGAGCCACGAGGGGCAGACAGCGCAUCAAUAAGCGUUUAUCUUCUGAGCCCAAGUCUCCUGCUUACAAGAAAAGAGCUCUGCCCAGAAAGAGCCUGCAGCCCUCCUGUCCUGGUUAAGUAGAACCCUAACCCCCGGCGCCGGCCUCAGGACCCUGCUGCAAAGGCCAGGUGUGUACAGAGGAGGGUUUAACCGCCUAGCAGGGGAAUGGAUAACGUCUUCCCAGUUGACUCAGACCUCUUCCCAAACAUCUCCACCAACACUUCGGAGCCCAACCAGUUCGUGCAGCCGGCCUGGCAAAUUGUCCUUUGGGCAGCUGCCUAUACGGUCAUCGUGGUGACCUCCGUGGUGGGCAACGUGGUGGUGAUGUGGAUCAUCUUGGCCCACAAGAGAAUGAGGACAGUGACUAACUAUUUCCUAGUGAACCUGGCUUUCGCAGAGGCCUCCAUGGCCGCGUUCAAUACAGUGGUGAACUUCACCUACGCUGUCCACAACGAGUGGUACUACGGUCUGUUCUACUGCAAGUUCCACAACUUCUUCCCCACCACUGCUGUCUUUGCCAGUAUCUACUCCAUGACGGCUGUGGCCUUGGAUAGGUACAUGGCCAUCAUCCAUCCCCUCCAGCCCCGGCUGUCGGCCACUGCCACCAAGGUGGUCAUCUGUGUCAUCUGGGUCCUGGCUCUCCUGCUGGCCUUCCCCCAGGGCUACUACUCCACCACGGAGACCAUGCCCAACAGAGUGGUGUGCAUGAUCAAAUGGCCAGAACAUCCCAACGAGAUUUACGAUAAAGUGUACCACAUCUGCCUGACCUUGCUGAUCUACUUCCUCCCCCUGCUGGUGAUCGGCUACGCCUACACUGUGGUGGGAAUUACGCUGUGGGCCAGCGAGAUCCCCGGGGACUCCUCUGACCGUUACCAGGAGCAAGUCUCUGCCAAGCGCAAGGUGGUCAAGAUGAUGAUCAUCGUGGUAUGCACUUUCGCCAUCUGCUGGCUGCCCUACCACAUCUUCUUCCUCCUGCGCUACAUCAACUCGGAUCUCUUCAUGGAGAAGUUUAUUCAGCAGUUCUACCUGGCCAUCAUGUGGCUGGCCAUGAGCUCCACCAUGUACAACCCCAUCAUCUACUGCUGCCUCAAUGACAGGUUCCGUCUGGGCUUCAAGCACGCCUUCCGGUGCUGCCCCUUCAUCAGUGCCGGCGACUAUGAGGGGCUCGAGAUGAAAUCCACCCGCUACCUCCAGACCCGGGGCAGCGUGUAUAAAGUCAGCCGCCUGGAGACCACUGUCUCCACGGUGGUGGGGGCCCAGGAGGAGGAGGUGGAGGACGGCCCCAAGGCCACGCCCUCGCCCGUGGACCUGACCUCCAAUGGCUCGUCUCGCAGCGACUCCAAGACCGUGGCAGAGAGCUUCAGUCUCGACUCCAACAUGCUCUCCCAGACCACGGGGCCUUGAGCAGGCGCCGCCACCACCAUCUUUGUCUUGCUUCCCUUCCUGCAUGGAUAAUUCCUUGAUCUGGAGACCAUCAGAAACACCCUAACACUGGCACUUGCGAAAAGGGUCAGAAUGGGUUAGGGAAAACAUUCCAUCCUGGAGCCAAAAAACCUGGAUUCUUCCAUGUCUUUGCCACCCUCAUGCUGUGUGACCCAAGGCAAAUCAUUGAACUUCUCUGAGCCUGUAAAAUGGGAAGCUUGGACUAGAUUUUCUCUACAAUCCAUUCUAUGAUUCUGGAAUUAACUUUGGUGGCGGGUGGGCACUCAUUUCAGGAUGAAACCAGCAGUGCAGCAACAGACGACUGGUCCGUUUGCCUGGAGCCCCUGCCUUACUUCAGUAAAGUCGCUCUCAGUCUUGCUCAGAUUACCCUGCUUCAGCUGGCGGCUCACGUCACAUCAGCCUUCACUUUAUGGGAUGAACGAAAGAAGGAACCACAUGAAAUCUGAAUAAAAGA